AUCACAGUGUCAAUGUCAAUAAUUGUCAUGUUCUGCACAAUUUUCAAAUUUGUGUAAAAAUAAAAAUCAAAAAAAUACAAUUUAAUUACACAUAAAAAUGUGUGUAUAUAGGUAUGGUGUCAUUGAACGUCGAACAUCUGGUGUACAUUAUUUUGUAUAAACAUUGACAAAAACAAACAUGACAUAAAUAAUUAAUACCUACGAGACAAAAACAUGGAGGAAUUCAAUGUUUGGGAAGAUUUAUCAAAUAUACCAGCUGAUCCACCUUCAAUGCGUGAGCUUUGUGAUCAGUGCGAAAGGCCACAAGUUGUUUGUUGGUGUUCAGCUUUGCCACCUGAAAGGUUGCAGCCGGGGAGUACAGUGAUUCUUUUGCAACAUCCUGCCGAAGAAAAACGUUGUCUUCGCACUGCUCCAAUGUUGCAACUUGGAUUAGCUGAAAAUAAGUGCCUAAUAUACAAAGGAAAAAAAUUUCCCCAACCACGACAUGAAAACUUAGAGAGUAUUUUAUCACAUAAAAAUACAAUUCUUUUGUACCCAAGUAAAGCUGCCAUAGAUAUUAAGGAACUCAAUAUUAAUGAAAAUAAUUAUAAUUUAGUACUAAUUGAUGGUACAUGGCCACAGGCUAAGGCUAUGUAUGCAUCUAGUCCAAUGUUGCAAAAAAUAAAACAAGUGAAAUUACUUACUACCAGUGGUAGUAAUUAUAUAAUAAGAACUCAACCAACUGAAGGGUGUUUAAGCACCCUUGAGACAGCAGCAGAAGCAUUAUCUCAGCUGGAAAGAAAUCCAAUAUAUAAGCAGCAGCUCCUAGGACCAUUGCAUAUGUUAUGCAAGUUCCAGUUAGAAAAUGGAGCAGUUACUCAUCAAUCAAAAGAAUUCUUAAUAAAGACAAAGACUUACCCAAAACUUAUUGGGAAGAGAUUGUCUAAACUACUACGACAAACAGAAGACCAUUUAAGUGAUAAUAAAACAUAGAUAUAAUGGAAAUAUUUUAUUGUACAUAUUAAAGCCCAGAAAGUUUGAAAAGUAA